UUCACGCAGGCCCAAACCACCAUUCUUGUUGCCGUGUAAGGAACCCUUUAUAGGUCCUUGAUACAGCAUUUUUGUUCUUUCUUCAAGAGAAUUUAUCGCAAGCUUUUUUGUAUUGCAAGAGCAUAUAUGCAUAUAUUCUUAUCAAUACGCUCUCAGAGAGAAGCUUUGAAUAUAGCACGCCACUAACCGCAUUCGAAUCAAAGUGACGUGCGCCCCUUUUUACGCAAAUUCAAUUAUUCAACAUGGCUGUCGUCAACGUUCGUCGUGAUGUCGACGAUAAAUUCUAUCGCUACCGCAUGCCUUUAUUGCAAACCAAGAUCGAAGGUCGUGGCAAUGGUAUCAAAACGGUUGUCAGUAACAUGACUGACGUUGCCCGUGCUUUGAGCCGUCCUCCUACUUACCCUACCAAGUACUUUGGUUGCGAGUUGGGCGCUCAAACUUCUUUUGACGAAAAGAAUGAACGCUACAUUGUCAAUGGUGCUCAUCAGUCUGAUCAAUUGCGUAAAUUGCUUGAUGACUUUAUCGACAAGUUUGUCCUUUGUGGUAGCUGCAAGAACCCCGAAACAGAUCUCAAGAUUACCAAAGAUGGCAUGAUCUUGCGUGACUGUAAGGCUUGCGGUGCACGCAGCGAUGUUGAUAUGCGUCACAAAUUGACAACUUUUAUUGUCAAGAACCCUCCACCGAAAAAGAAGAAGGGAUCCAAGAGCCAAGGUCAAUCUGCUGAUGACGGUAAUACAGCAGAUGGCGGCGGUUCUGAUGAUGAAUUGACUGCGCGCAUCAAUGCUGAAGCUGCUCACAUCCCUACUGCUGAGCAAGUCAAGACGGCUGACGAUGACUGGUCCGUCGAUACUUCUGAAGAAGCUGUCAAAGCCCGUGUAAAAGCUUUGGAAGGCAAUAUGAACACAUUAAGCCUCGGCGGUGACGAAGAGGAAGAGGACGAAGACAGUCCUUACAAUCAAUUCGGUCUCUGGUUGAUCGCCAACCGCAAAGGCGGCGAAGAAGGUCGUGAAUGCACUGCAGCUGAAGUGUACAAGAAAGCACAAGAAUUCGGUAUUGAAAAGAAGCACAAAGCCGUUCAAGUAUUGGUGCAAGGUUUGUUCACUGAAGAUGCUGUCAAUGAGCUCAAGAAGUACGGUGCUGUGAUCGCAAAGAUGACCACAAGUGAGAAACAUCAAAAGUCCUUGUUGGGCGGUGUUGAGCGUUUGGCUGGUAUUCAAUUCCCCAACUUGGUCCCCAACGGUGUCCCAAAGAUUUUAAUGGGCUUGUACCAAAUUGAUGCUUUGGAUGAAGAAGUUGUUAAGAGCUGGGCCACGCAUGUCAGCAAAAAGUACGUUGACAAGGAGACCAGUAAAAAGGUUCGUAAAGCCGCCGGUCCAUUUAUCACUUGGCUCGAAGAAGCUGAUGAUGAAGAAAGCAGUGAAGGUGAAGAUGACACCGAAGAAGAAGCUCCUGCUAAACCUGCCACAAACGGCAAAGCUGCCCCAGCCAAAGCUCCUGCUGCCAAAUCAGUUCCAUCACCUGCUGAAGAUGAUGAUGACAGCGAUUUGGACGACCUCUGAUCUGUCCGUCUUUCUGCGUACGUAGAUUUCUGUUUUUUUUUACCUCUCUCGUGUUUGCUGCCACUUUUUUAAUGACUUCGCU